AUGCGGCGCCUGACCCGCCGCCUGGCGCUGCCGAUCUUCGGGGUGCUCUGGAUCACCGUGCUGCUGUUCUUCUGGGUAACGAAGAAGAAGUUGGAGGUGCCGCCGGGACCUGAAGUGCAGACCCCCAAGACUUUGGAUGCCGACUGGGAAGACCCGUGGGACCAGUUUGAUGAGCGGCAGUAUCUGAAUGCCAAAAAGUGGCGCGUCGGUGACGAUCCCUAUAAGCUGUAUGCUUUCAACCAGCGGGAGAGCGAGCGGAUCUCCAGCAGCCGGGCGGUCCCUGACACCCGCCAUCUGAGAUGCACCCUGCUGGUGUAUUGCACCGACCUCCCCCCCACCAGCAUCAUCAUCACCUUCCACAACGAGGCCCGCUCCACCCUGCUCAGAACCAUCCGCAGCGUGUUAAACCGCACGCCGAUGAAUCUGAUCCAGGAGAUCAUAUUAGUGGAUGACUUCAGCAAUGACCCUGAGGACUGCUUGCAGCUCAUCAAGUUGCCCAAGGUGAAGUGCAUACGCAAUAGCGAGCGGCAAGGUCUGGUCCGGUCCCGGAUCCAGGGCGCUAAUGUUGCCAAGGGCACCACUCUGACUUUCCUGGACAGCCACUGCGAGGUGAACAGGGACUGGCUCCAGCCCCUGCUGCACAGAGUCAAAGAGGACUACACGCGGGUGGUGUGCCCUGUGAUCGACAUCAUCAGCUUGGACAACUUCAACUACAUCGAGUCCGCCACGGAGCUCAGAGGGGGGUUUGACUGGAGCCUCCACUUCCAAUGGGAGCAACUCUCCCCAGAGCAGAAGGCUCGGCGUCUGGACCCUGCUGAGCCCAUUAGGACUCCCAUCAUAGCUGGGGGGCUCUUCGUGAUGGACAAAUCCUGGUUCGAUUACUUGGGGAAGUAUGAUACGGACAUGGACAUCUGGGGUGGAGAGAAUUUCGAGAUCUCCUUCAGAGUGUGGAUGUGCGGCGGCAGCCUUGAGAUCGUCCCCUGCAGCAGAGUGGGCCAUGUCUUCCGCAAGAAACACCCCUAUGUUUUCCCAGAUGGAAACGCCAACACGUAUAUAAAGAACACCAAGCGGACAGCUGAGGUGUGGAUGGACGAAUACAAGCAGUACUAUUAUGCUGCUCGGCCGUUUGCUCUGGAGAGGCCCUUUGGGAACAUCGAGAGCAGACUGGACCUGAGGAAGAAUUUGCAGUGCCAGAGCUUCAAGUGGUACCUGGAGAACGUCUAUCCAGAGCUCAGAAUCCCCAGCGAUUCCUCCAUCCAGAAGGGCAGUAUCCGACAGAGGCAGAAGUGCCUAGAGUCUCAAAGGCAGAAAAACACAGACACCUACAACCUCAGGCUAAGCCCCUGUGUCAAGAACAAAGGCGAGGACGUAAAAUCCCAGAUAUGGGCCUUCACAUACACCCAGCAGAUCCUCCAGGAGGAGCUGUGCCUAUCUGUCAUCACCAUGUUCCCGGGUGCCCCGGUGGUUCUCGUCCUCUGCAAGAACGGAGAUGACAAACAGCAAUGGACCAAGACUGGUUCCCGCAUCGAACACAUAGCCUCCCACCUCUGCCUAGACACCGACAUGUUUGGUGAUGGCUCUGAGAAUGGCAGGGAAAUCGUGGUCAACCCGUGUGAGUCAUCACUUAUGAGCCAGCACUGGGACCUGGUGAGCUCUUGA